UCUGACUCUUCAGCUCCUGUCCAAGUGACACAUCGCCCCAGUUUUCCAAAACAUCUCCCCCGGCCCAAAUCCUCAUCCUAGCUGCACUUCAGGAAUGGCAGCAAGUGAGAGACAGGACCAGUGGCUAGCUACCAGCGGGUAAAAGAACUAGGUAGACUAGAUGCUCCCGCUACCCCCUCACCCUUCACGAACGCCUGUACUCCCAACCCACCACCUCAGCCUUAGUGUCUCCCUCACGUCUUUCAGCGCUGAAAAGGUGUAGAAAGAGCAGAGCGGCGCUCUCACUCGGUUUCCAGCUGCGUUUACAAGCUGGAGCAGGCACGUGCUCCGGGCGCUGGCCAAAGCUAGCCCUGCUGCCUUCACUGCUUUCACCAUCCCUACUGCAGCCACUGUUUCCUCUGCCUCUAGCGCUCCAGCUGCCACCGCUGCCGCCGCCACCGCGGCUCCUGCUGCUGCUGCAGGGGCAGGGAGAACCUGGAAGGUACUGGAGGCGCCGAGAUCGGAUGUGCUGGCCAUCAGCAGCUGGUUCGGGGUAUUAAGAGUGCAGGUGUCCAAACACCUGGUUAUGAAGAUUAUGAUCCUCUAUCUGAAUCCACACAGUUGCUUCUCUGGAAGACUAUGGAGGCUCUUUAGAGAACAGAUGGAAAUGGAUGGUUAAGUCUCUGAUUUUCUACACAUUUUAUUCAAGACUUUGACUAUAACUUUAAAAUAUUUUAUUGCAACAUGUCACCUCUGUUGGCUUGAAACUUAUUCUUAAAAUGGUCCUUUUGUUGUUCCUGGCAAUCCUGCUUUUGAAGGAAGAUGCUGGUAGGAAUGCUGGCUUUCUGGUUUCUGCACAGUCCAAUGAGAGAAGGGUAGUUGCUCACAUGCCCGGUGAUAUCAUCAUUGGGGCUUUAUUUUCAGUUCACCACCAACCCACUGUGGAUAAAGUCCAUGAGAGGAAAUGUGGAGAGGUCAGGGAACAAUAUGGCAUUCAAAGAGUGGAGGCCAUGCUCCACACCCUGGAGAGGAUUAAUUCAGACCCAACACUGUUGCCUAAUAUUACAUUAGGCUGUGAAAUAAGGGACUCUUGCUGGCAUUCUGCUGUGGCCUUGGAGCAGAGUAUAGAGUUUAUAAGAGAUUCCCUUAUUUCUUCAGAAGAGGAAGAGGGCUUGGUGCGCUGUGUCGAUGGGUCUUCCACCCCAUUCCGCUCAAAAAAACCCAUAGUUGGUGUGAUUGGCCCUGGAUCUAGCUCUGUGGCGAUCCAGGUUCAGAACUUGCUCCAGCUUUUCAAUAUACCUCAGAUUGCAUAUUCAGCCACAAGCAUGGACUUAAGUGACAAAACUCUGUUCAAAUAUUUUAUGAGAGUCGUACCAUCAGAUGCCCAACAGGCUCGGGCCAUGGUAGACAUUGUGAAAAGAUACAAUUGGACCUAUGUUUCUGCUGUGCACACAGAAGGCAACUAUGGAGAAAGUGGGAUGGAAGCAUUCAAAGAUAUGUCAGCCAAGGAAGGGAUCUGCAUUGCUCAUUCCUACAAGAUCUAUAGCAAUGCUGGGGAGCAGAGUUUUGACAAGCUGCUGAAGAAGCUUAUCAGCCACCUGCCCAAGGCAAGAGUGGUGGCUUGCUUUUGUGAGGGGAUGACAGUGAGAGGUUUGCUGAUGGCUAUGAGGCGCCAGGGGCUGACUGGAGAAUUUCUUCUUCUAGGAAGUGAUGGUUGGGCUGAUAGGUAUGAUGUGACAGAAGGAUACCAACGUGAAGCUGUUGGUGGAAUCACUAUCAAGCUCCAGUCUCCUGAUGUAAAGUGGUUUGAUGAUUAUUACCUGAAACUCCGACCAGAAACCAACCUACGAAACCCUUGGUUUCAAGAAUUUUGGCAGCAUCGUUUCCAGUGCCGACUAAAAGGGUUUUCACAGGAGAACAGCAAAUACAAUACCACUUGCAACAGUUCUUUGACUCUGACCACACAGUAUGUCCAAGAUUCCAAAAUGGGGUUUGUAAUCAAUGCAAUAUAUUCCAUGGCGUAUGGUCUUCACAACAUGCAGACAGCACUUUGCCCAGGAUAUGCUGGGCUCUGUGAUGCCAUGAAACCAAUUGAUGGACGAAAACUUCUGGACUCGCUGAUGAAAACAAACUUCACUGGGGUUUCUGGAGAUACAAUCCUCUUUGAUGAAAAUGGAGACUCUCCAGGAAGGUAUGAAAUCAUGAAUUUCAAGGAAAUGGGAAACAACUAUUUUGAUUAUAUCAAUGUUGGCAGCUGGGACAAUGGUGAAUUGAAAAUGGAUGAUGAUGAAGUAUGGCCCAAGAAAAGUGCCAUCAUUAGGUCGGUGUGCAGUGACCCUUGUGAGAAAGGCCAGAUCAAGGUGAUCCGAAAGGGAGAAGUCAGCUGUUGUUGGACCUGUACUCCUUGUAAAGAGAAUGAGUUUGUUUUUGAUGAAUACACAUGCAAGGCAUGCCAGCUCGGCUCCUGGCCCACUGAAGAUCUUACAGGUUGUGAUCUGAUUCCAGUACAGUAUCUCAGAUGGGGUGAUCCAGAGCCAAUUGCAGCUGUGGUGUUUUCCUGCCUGGGCCUGCUGGCAACCCUGUUUGUCACAGCAAUCUUCAUCAUGUACAGAGACACUCCAGUUGUCAAAUCCUCCAGUCGGGAACUCUGCUACAUUAUUCUGGCCGGCAUCUGCUUGGGUUACUUGUGUACUUUCUGUCUCAUUGCAAAGCCUAAGCAGAUUUAUUGCUACCUGCAGAGAAUAGGCAUUGGCCUCUCUCCAGCCAUGAGCUACUCUGCACUGGUCACCAAAACCAAUCGCAUUGCCAGAAUUCUGGCUGGCAGCAAGAAGAAGAUCUGUACCAAGAAGCCAAGGUUUAUGAGUGCCUGUGCCCAGCUGGUCAUUGCAUUCAUCUUAAUUUGCAUCCAGCUUGGCAUAAUUGUUGCCCUUUUCAUAAUGGAGCCACCUGACAUAAUGCAUGACUACCCAAGUAUUCGGGAAGUCUACUUGAUCUGUAACACCACCAACCUGGGUGUCGUAACUCCCCUUGGCUAUAAUGGAUUAUUAAUUUUAAGCUGUACCUUUUAUGCAUUCAAGACCAGAAAUGUUCCAGCUAAUUUCAAUGAAGCCAAGUACAUUGCUUUCACAAUGUACACCACUUGCAUCAUAUGGCUAGCCUUUGUGCCCAUCUAUUUUGGAAGCAACUAUAAAAUCAUCACCAUGUGUUUCUCAGUCAGCCUCAGUGCCACUGUGGCCCUGGGCUGCAUGUUUGUCCCGAAGGUCUACAUCAUUCUGGCCAAGCCAGAGAGAAAUGUGAGAAGCGCCUUCACAACAUCUACAGUGGUGCGAAUGCAUGUCGGAGAUGGGAAGUCAUCCUCAGCUGCCAGCCGGUCAAGCAGCCUGGUCAACCUGUGGAAAAGGAGGGGUUCAUCUGGAGAAACCCUAAGUCAUGAACCAACCCUGAAUCCACCCUCAGCCCUUUCCCUUGCACCUGUCUCCACCAAGCUUACCAGUGAAUCGGCCUGUCCUAGACAAUGUCAUGAGCUCUAAUGGUAAGUCGGUCACAUGGGCUCAGAAUGAGAAGAGCAGCCGCGGACAGCACCUCUGGCAGAGAUUGUCCGUCCACAUCAACAAAAAAGAGAACCCCAACCAAACAGCCGUCAUCAAGCCUUUCUCCAAAAGCACAGACAGCAGAUUUGGCAGCACCACAUUCCCAGAGUCUAGCACCAAGAUGCUCUAUGAUGUUUCAGAAGCGGAAGAACAAUAUCCCGCUCAGUUCAGACCCCAGACUCCUUCUCCCGUCAGCACGGUGAGCCAACCCGCAGGGUCUGUGAGCCGCACCGAUGAUGACAUCCCAUCCCUGCACUCUGAACAUGCGCAGAGGAGCAGUUCUUCCCAGGGUUCCCUGAUGGAGCAGAUCAGCAGUGUGGUGACCCGCUUCACAGCAAACAUCAGUGAGCUGAAUUCAAUGAUGUUAUCGACAACUUCCCCAGGCACCAUGGUGACCACCCCUCUUUGCUCUUCCUACCUGAUCCCCAAAGAGAUGCAGCUUCCUACAACCAUGACCACUUUUGCUGAAAUACAACCUCUCCCUUCCAUUGAGGUAAAUGGUGGGGCACAACCAUCCAGUAAAACCCCUCCAGGAGGAGGUGCUGGGAAAGAGAACGCACCUGAGACAUCAGCUAUAGUCAAGCAAGAUCUUGAGGAGUUGGUAGCUCUAACUCCUCCUUCCCCUUUUAGAGACUCAGUGGAUUCGGGGAGCACUUCUCCUAACUCCCCUGUGUCUGAAUCGGCCCUCUGUAUCCCAUCAUCUCCAAAAUAUGACACACUUAUCAUAAGAGAUUACACUCAGAGCUCUUCUUCUUUGUGAAUGUAAUUUGAGACCACACUGGAUCCUGACAGUGAUGAUCAGGCAGAGACAGAAGCAAGCCUUCAAAAUCUCGAGUUUGCACAGAGGCAGUGACAGGAGUUGGUCACCUGAUUAAGAACUGAGGUAGAAGGCAGACAUUACAUCAGUAAUGGAAACAUCAGAUAUUUGUGCAAUUAAAAAAAAAUCUAGUGGCAGAUUUUCUUCCAGUGGCCUUAGAAAACAUGGGCUUUUAAGAAACACUGCUUCUACUUUUGAAGGCUGAUAAAGAGUCUGCUUUAAGUUACAUACCAAGUGCUUUGCUGUAGGUAACUAUGAACUUUGUGUACAGUAUGUGAAAAAAAUAGAUUGUAAGCUACUGUAAAAAAAAAAAGUUUUGUUUGUUUACUUUGAUUCUUAUCCCAGAAGUGAUCUUUUAUCAAGUAUAGAAGAACAAAUAUGAAUGUACAUUUUCUAACAGACUCAAAAUCUGGGACCAAAAUGUCAGGCGCUCUUCUCUCUCUCUCUCUCUCUCUCUCUCUCUCUCUCUCUCUCUCUCUCUCUCUCUCUCUCUCUCUCUCUCUCUCUCUCUCUCUUUCUCUCUCUCUCUCUCUCUAAGCAGUAACUUCAGUUGAGUAAACAUAAAAUCCUCUGAAGUGUGUGUCCCAAGCAUGAUAUACAACUGGAGAGUGAAUUCUCUGCAGUGGAUACUAACUAUAUGACUUAGGGCUCUACCAGACUUCUCUUCAACUUACCAAUUUGGUUCUGAAACCCUCUUCCAGAAAUCUCCAUCAGAGGUUGACCCUAAUUACAUUGGAUUCACCUCCAUUAGCCAACAAAACCAAUGGAAGAUUUCCUGACUAUUCAGACUAUUCACCAUGUUGCCAAUCAAUACUGGAGUAGCAAAAAAAAAAAAAAGAACAAACAAAAAAACAUUUUCUGGAAUACCAUUUUGUAAUUCCCCUCUUAGGGCACAUUAUGCAGCUGGGGACCCUCUUCCUAGCAGCACUCCUGAGCUCUAGUUUCCCUGCUUUCCCAAUGGAAUGUCACAUUUUUAUGAAUGCUGUUUGAUUAGCAUCGCCAGCUAAAAUAGGCAUUCAGGCUUCCUCAUUCCCUGCUUGCAAGAACCAGUUACACACUUGAAGAGUUUCUCAGCUCAAACUUUUGAAAUCAGACGACUGGGGAUGGUAGCCCAUAUACCCAAUGAAGACAUUGCCACAGUUGUAGGGACCAUCACCGAAGGCGUUAUUGUGAUCAAAAACACAUGGAAAUAAAUGACUGUACUAAGACCGGCUUAGUGGAGGGUGUGUGACUCCAAUAAGCAAUGAUUUUAACUUCUCUUGGCUGCUUGUGCAUUGCAGCUAUGAACUGUGACAAAAGUUGAUUUUCAAAGCAAUACAGAGUAAAUGUUUAAACAGAGAAACUGCAGAAAGUACAAAACAACAAGGUCUUUCUUAGUUUCAUAGCAACUUAUGGAAGACGAAAAGGAAUCACAUUUUCUUUUGAAAUAAUCAUUAGUAUGGGUUAGCACACUCCUUACUGUCAUUGCAUUUUUUUAAGAUACAUGCAGAGAAAAGAGUAAAAGUUUGACUAGAAAAAAAUGAAUUUUGAUGGGCAUCAACCUCACUCGAGCCCUGAAUAUAACAUCUUUCUUCUCUCCUUUUUCUGUACAGCUAUCCUCAGGUGCCAAACAUUGUAUUUUAUAUCAAGAUAGCAUUAUCAGAAGGGGGUAUGACUGCAAAUUAAAGGUGAGCUGACCCAGCCUUAUACUGAAGAUAGGUAAGAAGAUAGAUGGAUUGAUAGGUAGGUGGACACAUGGAUAGCCAAAGAGGAAGAACAUAUAUAAUAAGGCUAAUGUGUAGGUGGGAAAAAAUACUUUACUGUUAGAGAUCAGUAUUUCAUAUUUGAACUUUUACUACAAUAUUCCAAAACAUCUCUGAUUUCAUCAACAUGGAUAUUUCUUCCAAUCCAAUUUCAUCUUCAAUGACUCAUACAUGUCCCACUCCUAUAAAAUCAUAAUUCAAUAGAUUUUAAUUUCAUUUCAAAUGAACAAAACCUAACAAAAAGUGUCCAUGAACUAAAAGCACAUGCACUACAGCAUGUGAUUUACCACUUUUUAAAGGCAUAAGUAAUAUUCUAGCACAUCCCCACCCCCUCAAGCUUUAUAUUCAUUUUCAAACAAAGCUAUCAAAUGCCAUGUGAUGAUUUGAAGAUGGUGCUACCAGAUCAGCUGGCUCUCAAAUAAGAAGAUUGGGUCUAUUUGCAAGAACAGAAAGAUUUAGACUUCAGGGAGUACAUGUACACAAGUACACAGGGAGAAACAAAGACAAGUAUGUUUGGAAAGCCAGCCUCCACAAUCCUUGUCCAAAAGGAGGAUAUUUAUGGAUGGAUAGCUAUCUUUAUGUCUUUACAUAGUAAUUUAGCCUUUUCCUGAAUCACAUUUACUCAUCUACUUUUUUUCUUCUUUGCCUCAAUAAUUAUUAUUAUUUCUCUUUACUCCCAAAUAAAUUGUCCAAUUGAUUCAUUAGAACUAUACAAAGAUACUUUGUUUUUCAAUUUUUCCUGAUAUUGAAAUUGUUCUCAUAACUCUUAGCAAAUAUAUUUCCUAAAACAGUGUUCGAUGCAAUGUGAAACAUGAUAAAAUGUAUGUGUGUAUGUAUAUAUAUAUAUGAAUCAUUUAAUCCAGAUAAAUUCCCAUCUAAUCUAAGAAUUCCAUAACAAAUAAUAUUUCCAGUUGGCCAAACUUCUUUCACAGCUAUUUGUUAGCGUAUUUUCUAAAACAGUGUUUGAUAUAGAGAGGAAUUUAAGACAAUAAGUACACAUAUGUGUAAUUUAAAGCUAAUAAGUUCUCAUCUAAGAAUGCCAGGAUAAAUCAGAUUCAAGUAAGUCACAUUUCUUUUCUAGCUCUUUGUUAUAUUAUUUCCUAAAACAAUGCUCAAUGCAAUGAGGAACACAAGAAAAAAUGUAUGCAUAUAAAUCAUUUAAUGCAAAUCAAUUCCCAUAAAAAAUCUUCCAUAAUAAAUCCCAUUUUCAAUUAACUAGAAAGCUACAGAUACAUUCUCCAGUAAGAGAAAAGCAGAAUGACCUGCUCUCUGAGUCUGGGUAUUAAUUUUGAAAACUUACAUACCUAAUAAAAUAAUAUGAUUCUCCAAAUGAUAAAUUAUUAAAAUAUUCUUUAUGUGAUGUAAACUCUGCUGGUUUCGGAUAGGGUUAGAUGUUGGGUUCCAGGUAAUAAGUGUAAAAUACUGAAUAUACUCAAAAUCUUUAUGAGACCUGGGAUAUGGCUUAUGCUUAUAGAAGGUAGUAUCCUGGUUACUUGACUUUCUUAGAAGCACUUGAAUUUCUCAGAUAAGAACAGUGUCCUGAGUGUUUAAUAGUAUAUACCAUUUAGGCUUACCGGUACUAUGAGGAAGAGGAUAUUGUGAAGAGUUCAAGGACUAUAGUGUCAUUGUUAGCCUAAGAAAAGUCAUGCAAAAAAAGAGCUUGGUCCUAUGAGGAAGAAAUGUGAUUAAACAGUCAGAAGGAAAUAUGUUCUAAAAGAGGAACUCAUUGGGAAGCAAUGUCUAAAAUGUGGUCAAUACCAGAGAAGGUAAAGAUGGCUAAGAAAAGCCUGGUGAGAUUUCUCUGAAACAAGGACAACAAAUAAACACAAUGUGUUAGAAUCCUUGAUCAUCAUAGUUUUUCCCCAAGCUACUCCAAUGACUAAUAGUUUUCCUCAUUCUGAUAAAAUAUAAAAAGAUAAUUCAUGUCCACAAAUGAGUCAGAUAAUGGUUGUGUGUCAGUUUUACAACUUCCAAACUAGGAAUGAAAACACACUUUUCCAGAACAAAAGAAUCGUCUGUGCUAGUCUCCCAACAUAGCCUACAUACACUGAAGGCUUAAAUGGUGUCAUAAGAGUUCACUAUGAGCAGCAAAUUCUUAAUAACUCUAAAGCUGUCAAAAUCUCUGUGGUUGCCAUUUACAAUUUUAUACUGUGAAAAAAAAAAUCCAGAUCAGUGAAAGCAUGAAGAUGAAUCAGUAUUCACUUUGGUGAUAAAAUGGUGCCUGGGAGUGAUUUCUCUUUGCUGUGGGAGAAGGAGACAGCAGGCACAAGGCCGAGUGGCUGAAUUUCACUGAUCUGGCAAAUGUGAACAAAUAUACUAUGUAUAUUCUAUGUAUUUCUUGGAUUCCAUGGCAGCUGCUAGUGUGUUUGUAAUUAGAAAUCUAUAGAGAAUAUAGAUGUUUUAGACAGAUGGUGCCAAUUCUCAAAGAUUUGUGUGGGCUAUAAGUGCUUGUAAUUAAUAUUAUUUUGGGGCUAAUAACUUAUAAUGGAUUUGAUUUUAAAACUUGUAUGGAGGUAUGUUCUUUUUAUGUUGUUGCUGCUUAUAUACUAUUAAGACGAUAGCGAAUGUACAGUUCUUUUGAUGUGAAUUGCAAAUGAGUUUUUUCAUAAAGUUUAACAUUUUUAUCAGCUUUGUUUUGCUUUGUACUUGUAUAAAUGUACUUUAUUUUAGCAUUUUAAGGAUACAUUUGCUUGUUUCUCAGUUGUCUACAUCAUGUUAUAAUUGAUGUUUGUGUAGAGUCGGGUACUUUUUCAACAGUAUUAAAAAAAACCUGUGAUAUGA